UGAGUCAUCUGCUCCUACGAGCAGAUGAUCCGCUCUGAAGAACUACCACUACCAAGCCCAUGUGGGUCCAAUAAAAAAAAGAGUAGUAAGCCGACCCAAUACAUCAUCCCCCUCGUCCUCAACCUUGGACAUCCCGAAUCUGCCACUCUCUCUCUCUCAAUAGAACUGGUCUUUGCUCAGCCCUUGUUACAGGAGAGUAACUACUAACAACUCUCCUGCAUCCUAUUUUUGCAUGGACACGUCGCUCCAUUCCCUGUCGUCUCCAACACACCACACUAUAAAAACCAUGCCUAGACGGCCUCCCCAGCUCUCUCUCUCUCUCUCUCUCUCUCUCUCUCUCUCUCUCUCUCUCUCUCUUUGUGUUAGCCAGUCAAGUUUCAAAGACAAGCUAUAGCAACGUCAAUGACGGUCCGAACCUGGGAGGCGACCUGCUCGUCAACCUUCCUUCCUUCCACUGCCAAUGACGCAGGCGCAUCCAUCCAAUUCCCCCAUAAAAAGUUGCAGUUGCUCUCUCCCAAUCUCUCCGCGUCCGACAUCAGAAGCUCUUCCGAAAUCCAGACCAGCCCACCCACCUCCCAAGAAAACAGUUUCAGCAGUCCUCGAUCCAAUUUCUCCAUCCAAUCACUACCCUCCGUCCCUUCCCUCCAAUCAAUCUGUUCAGAAACAACCCAUAAUAACGUCUCCGUCUCUUACCUCUGUGUCUCCAUUCUUAAGCCCCAAACCCACCGACCCAUCAGUUGCCUCGCCGUCUACGGCGAUCUCCUCUACGCUGCCUCCGGCGACGAAAUCAACGUCUACACCCUAACAAAUUAUCAACAUAUUGACACAUUCAACGGCAAAGAUCCCUCUUCCGGCUCCGUCAAGUCCGUUACCUUUGGGGAGGGAAAGGUCUUCACGGCUCACCUAGAUUGCAAGAUCCGUGUCUGGUUGACAACGCCGGAGAAACAUCACCGCCUGGUGGCGACGCUUCCGACCGUCAAGGACAGGUUACGCCGUCUCGUUAUACCUAAGAAUUAUGUCCGGGUCAGGCGUCACAAGAAACGGCUCUGGAUUGAACACUUUGACGCCGUCUCCGGCCUCUCGAUGACAGACGGUUUAUUAUACUCCGUUUCCUGGGAUAAGAGUUUGAAGAUCUGGCGGACAUCGAACCUACGGUGUUUGGAGUCCGUUAAAGCUCAUGACGACGCCGUUAACGCCAUCGCCGUUUCAGAUGACGGAACCGUUUACACGGCGUCAGCUGAUAGACGGAUCAGGGUGUGGGGCCGGGCGGGGGAGACGAAGAGGCACGAGUUGAUUGCGACGUUGGAUAAACAUCAGUCCGCGGUGAACGCUUUGGUUCUGAGCAGUGAUGGGUCCACACUGUUCUCGGGAGCUGGUGACCGUUCGAUCUUGGUGUGGGAGAGGGAAGAUAGUGUAAACCAUAUGGGCGUCAUUGGAGCAUUGAGAGGGCAUAAGGGUGCAAUACUGUGCUUGAUCAAUGUAUCGGAUGUUCUGGUGAGUGGGUCAGAGGAUCGGACGGUUAGGAUAUGGAGACGAGGAGUGGAUCAAGGGUACAUUUGCUUGGUGGAAUUGAAAGGACAUGAGAGGCCGGUGAAAUCGUUGGUAGCCGUUAUGGAAGGGAUUGGAACGGUAUCUCCUCCUCCGUCUGUGACGACGAUUUCAGUUUGUAGUGGAAGUCUCGACGGAGAAAUAAGGGUAUGGGAGGUCACAGUUCCAAACGUCAAGGCUACCUCGUCGUCCUUCACUUCGGAGUCCGAUCUAACCGACGCAGUUCUUGAUUCUUAAAAUGGAAAAAGGUCACGCAUCCUCCUUCCCACCCCCCCCCCAAAAA